AUGCAGCAGCAAGCGCAGGGGGUUUCCAGUGGCAUGUACAGAUACAUGCACCGCUGCGAGAGUGGAGUUAAUAUUCAUGAUGUCUUUGUCGAGAGGAGUGCAUUCCGGGUGCUGUUUUCAUAUGUCGGUGCGAUAUUUCUUCUUGCGAAUGUUUGCCGUACCUUGUUGUCACAGGAGAGUUUAUGCCUUGGUUCCUUUUGGAGUGUUCCGUUUUCUGCUAUCGCCGCUAAAUGCUUGCAAUACAAGCCUGUGAAGAAAGAGUCGUUAAUGAUUAUGCCAAAUUUCGGGAUUCAGCUACAACAACACUUUUGGAGUGGACUAGUACAUCGCAAGUUUGUGCCCAUCAGCAAGAUCCUAAAGCCGGUGCUGAAUGAGUGUGUGACCCCUGUUACAUGCUACUGGAGCUUGGCAUUGCUUUUACGCGAUGAAGACGAGAUCAUGCUCGUUUUUCAGAACCUGCGUCCACCCAUCAAACUGUUGCUCCCAAUCUGGAAAGCUCUGUGCGCAUUCACAAACUCCAGCAGCAUUAGCCCUUCCAUGCUUCUUCGAGAAGGUGAUUGGCAUAAGCAUGUUGAUCGAGAUGGUGCUGUGGAUUCCUGA